AGCGUCACUUUUUCGCGGCAUGGCGACCAGCACCGCGACUGUCACCAACGUCAUUGUCGCUCGUGCCACGAGCGUCGCCUUUCCACGACACAUCUCCUCUCAAUCCGCCACACGAAUAGCCUGAGAGCCCUGUUCGGUUCCGUUUGCUAGGUGAGUUACACUUGAUUCAGCCUUCGUACCGAGCGUGCCUGCCCAGGUAUUUUUCCACACUACCUUUACCUGAGAUCGUUAUGCGCUUUCAGGUAUCCCCAGUGCUUUGAUGCUGGAGACAGAACAACGUUCAUUGUCACCCCGUUCAGACCGCUCCUGUCUUCAGGAGCUGCAUUGUCGAGCAGACGAAACCCUCACAUCACAUCUCCAGCCCAAAGUUUGCUUGUGCCUGGCUUUAGCCCUGUCCACCAUCUCCUUCAAGCCUCGUCUUUGCGCAGCUUGCGCCCAUAGCUUUGCGCUCGCAGGAUUGCCCGGGCAUUACAGAUGCAAAACAACUUGCUAACCACAGAGACGCAUGGAGGUCGAGUUCAGAUAGUAGCUGUAGCCCACGACAAAGCGCAUUUACCCAACACCGACCAUGUCCGACGCGAAGACCGACGAGCAGCCCGCCGCUAUGGUGGAAGACCCUCUUGUCGGCGAGGAGGGCAAUGAUGAGG